CAAAGCCAUGUCCAGCCAUGCCGUGCAGCCCAGCAGACACGUCUGGAAGCUCUGUGCGUGGGCUUGUGAGUGUUUGAAUACUGCAAUCGCCCUUCCAUCCCAAACAAGAUGGGUCUUCUGGAGUACAGACAACAUCAGGUCGACUGCCAGCGCAAGCAGUCGGAGCGCGCCUCGAAGAUCGCAGCACUCCCCCGGACCUACCUCUCCCCGCUGUCGCUGAAAGAGCGCACCAUCCUCGGCAAGUCGAUCCAAGACCUCGUGCAAGAUGUGCACAAGCGCGUCACCAGCCCCGUCGACAUCCUGCGCGCAUACGGCAAGGUCACGAUAAAGGCACACGAAAAGACAAACUGCGCCACGGAGAUCCUGUUCCCGGAGGCGGAAGACUGGGCGCUGAAUGAGGUCAAUCUCAAGGGCCCGCUGGCUGGCAUCCCCGUCUCGCUCAAGGACUCGAUCCAGGUCAAGGGCUUCGACAGCUCCGUCGGAUACUCGAGGAACACGGGCAAACCGGCUGCAGAGGAUGGCGCCAUGGUGAAGCUGCUGAAAGACGCCGGUGCCGUGCCUUUUGUCAAGACCAACCUGCCAACAACCCUCUUGUCGUUUGAGUCCACAAACGACGUCUGGGGCCAGUGCAAGAACCCCCACAACGACAAGUACUCGCCCGGCGGCUCAACAGGCGGCGAGGCAGCACUGCUAGCAUUCGGCGGGAGUCGCAUAGGCAUCGGGUCAGAUGUUGCGGGCUCCGUUCGCGCACCCGCCCACUUCUCCGGCUGCUACUCGCUGCGCUGCUCCACGGGGCGCUGGCCAAAAGUCGGCAUGAACACCAGCAUGUCAGGCCAAGAAGCCAUCCCCAGCGUCUUCAGCCCCAUGGCCCGCACCCUCAACGACCUGACCUACUUCACCCGCAGCUUCAUCCAGAUGCAGCCCUGGAAGUACGACUACACGGUCCACCCGCUCGCCUGGCGCGACGACAUCGAAGCAGAGUUCCAGGACAAAGAGAAACUGCGCAUAGGCAUCAUGCGAACUGACCACGUCGUCGACCCCUCGCCAGCCUGCGCGCGCGCUCUAUCCCUCGCCGCCUCCGCCCUCGCAGCAGAAGGUCACGAGGUCUUCGACGUCACGCCCCCGUCCCCCUACGAAGCCCUCCGUCUAGCAUCCCAGCUCCUCCUCAGCGACGGCGGCGCAACUUUCAUGUCCCACUUCCGCACAGGCGAAUGGAACGACCUCGGCGCCGCGCAGAUGGUCCUGUACAUGCGCCUACCCCGCUUCAUCAAGUACGCGCACUACCUGUGGGUCAAGCACGUGCAAGGUGACGCUCUCUGGGCCGGCCUGCUGCGCGACUGGCACCCCAAGUCUGCACAUGAGUACUGGCAGCUCGCUGGUCAGCGCGAGGCGUACAAGCAGCGCUUCUAUGCGUGGUGGGAUGAGACGGAUAUGGACGUCAUGCUCACCCCGCCGAACGCUACCCCCGCCGUGCCCCAUGGCGGCAUGCGCGACGCGGUUAGUAGUUGCGGGUAUACGUUUCUUUUCAACCUUCUCGACUACACAGCAGGCAUCCUGCCCGUCACCCACGUCGACCCCGCCCUCGACGCCCUGCCCGCUACUUUCUCCCUCAAGACACUCAACGGCGUGGCCAGGGGCGCGUACAAACACUACGACGCGGCGAAGAUGGCGGGCUUGCCGGUUGCGGUGCAGGUUGUGGGGCGCCGGCUCGAGGAGGAGAAGGUUCUGGCUGUUAUGGAGAGGCUGGAGGAUGCGCUGGAUGAGCAGGGGGAUCGGUAUGAGUUGUUGGAAGUGGAUUGAUUUUGUAUUGAGAGGAGUGGGUGGUGGGAAGGGGGUUGGAUAUGCAGCUAUAUUUACGACGUUAUGCGAGAUGCGAAUGAACGAUAUUUAUUCUUCUUUCCCGAGCUCGCUUCGCGCAUGUUUGUAAAGCACACUUUUAUGUGGGAAAUGAAAGUAAACAAGAAAGAAAAGAAUACACGACAUGUUACUCAUUUCCAUUUCCAUUCCCAAACAUGAACCAUGACGAACAUCAGUAAGUAAAGAUAUACACAUGCAUGCAUCAAGUCCCAACCCCCACCGUAUUCUCCAAAGCCAAAAGCCAAAAGCGAAGCCAAACCAGAAACUCC